UCGCCUUUGGCCAUCUCUUAGGCCUAGUCAAGUAUUACACAGAGCUGACAAGAUGCGAUCCUUGAUCCGUGGGCUAUAUCGACAGGAUGUGAGCAACGAACACCACCGGUAGACUAUGUGCUGCGCCAGUCUCCCCUGGAUGGACGCGUGCAUCUGCGCAUUCUCCAUUGGCAUGGCAAGCCGCUGUGGUAGGUUAUCUUAUGUUGCAUUACGGAGUAUAGCGUGCAGAUACUUUCAACAGGUAAUUGUGGGCGAAGAUUGUGGAAACCCCCAUGAAGCUAUGGGAGCCAACCCAACCAACCCAACCGAAGCGAACCGCGAUGGGCAGCUGCUAGAUGCGGACAACGAAGCGAUGCAGUGGAAGUUUCGACACGGAGAAUGCCACUGGCCGUUUACCUUGACUUACCAUUCUCUGGAGACUACACCUUGAGAGAAUGCGCAAAGAGCAUCAACUUGUCAAGUUAAUUCAUUGAAAAAUGCGACUGCAAGGGGCGUCUCCUUUGCAAUCGCUGAAAAGGGGCCAUGGGCAUUGGGCUUGCAACGGUUGCUGCCAUUAUAGAUACCUUCUCUGAGUCUGCAGCGCUGGCGCCUUUGACUUUUUGUUCUAAUUGUAUUACUG